AUGUUUUUGGGGAUGUUUCCCGACAAGGUUAUUUACGCCUGUGGGAACUCCUCAUUUCUGCCUUGUAAAUCUGUCACUAAAGUACCAGAUUAUGGGAAUCACUUAUUGCUUCUUCAAGGCCGAGACAAAAUCACCCCAAGAGCUGCAUAUAGAAUUCCACCUGAAAGUGAGGAUGCUGAGCGCCAAAGCUCUUCUGAUUCCUCCGAUGAUCUGUUGUUUGUAUUUCCUGAGAAUGAUGAGAAUCUUGAGGAACCAAGAAAAAGAAGAGCUGCCUCCAAAAUACAGUCCAGUAUUGAUCUUCAGCAAAUUGCUAAAAAACUGGGACACCAAGUUACUAUUCUCGAUAAACUGAAGGCAGUUCAUUUGCACAUUCUAGCUAUGGAACAAUGGAACGUGUCGAGACUUAAACUAUGCCACCAAAAUUAUUCAGCAAGUGCUAUAAACAUGCUGCACUAUUUGGCACUGAAAAGCCUGGAUACAGAACAGAUCAAAGAAGAGCUUUCCUCUAUUGGCCUUAUGAAUUUAGAGACAAUAAAUACUCAUGUUCUUUCAAGUCUUUCUGGAUGUAUUGAAAUGCUUAUUAACUCAAGACCAGAUUCUCUCCUUGACUUAAAAGUGUCUACUGAAGGGCUCCCUGUUCACCAACGCUUGGGCAAUAAAAAUGUUGACCUUGGAAUGACUGCAAUGGUGAAAAAGGCAUCUUCUAAUAGGGACCUACUUUUGGGAAAACUUCGAAGCCUGAAAAAGGCUCAUAUCAUGGUAACAGUUGGGCAAGAGGCAGCAGAAAAUGAUACGCACGUAACAGAUCUCAUAAGUUCAGGGGCCACAAUCUUUCGUAUCAACUGUGCUCAUGGUAACACAGAGUUAUGGAGUAAGAUAAUCACUACUGUGAAGAGAUGCUCUCAUCUUCUGGAGAAACCUUGUCAGAUCCUCAUGGACUUGGCUGGACCAAAACUUCGAACUGGAAGACUGAAGGAUGGUCCAUGUGUGGUGAAAAUCUCCCCCAAAAGGAAUGCACUUGGUAGAAUUAUACGCGGAGCCCAAGUUUGGCUUAGCCCACGAGGAGCAGGCUUACCACCUUCUCACCUAUCCCCUGAUGUUAUUUUGCAAGUGGAUGGUGAAGAAUUUCUCAGUAAGCUGGAAGUUGAUGAUCCUGUGAGAUUCACUGAUGCCCGUGGAAAACAGAUAAGUCUCCGGAUCAUAAGCAAAUAUCCUGUUUUUUCUGGUGCUGGAUUUAUGGCUGAAUGCAGCAAAACUGCAUAUGUUGAAUCUGGCACUGCAUUGUAUAUUAAGGAGAAAGGAAAGAAAUCUUCAGUUGGAUUUGUGGUCAGUGUUCCUCCAGCAGAGCAAUUUGUUAGAUUGAGAGUUGGUGACUUGCUGGUUUUAACUCGAGAUAGUUCAGACAAGCAAGACACUUCACCUUGUUCUGCUGUUGGCACCCAUAAGAUGACUUGCCCUUGUGGGUAUCUGUUUGAUUCAGUAAAACCAGGUGACCCUAUUGCUUUUGAUGAUGGAAAGAUAUGGGGAGUGAUUAAAGGAACUAGCAUUUCAGAAGUAGUUGUAACGAUCACUCAUGCUGGCCCUAAAGGUACUAAACUAGGUUCAGAAAAAUCCAUAAAUAUUCCCCAGAGUAAUAUUAGGUACGAAGGUCUUACUUCAAAGGACCUUAUGGAUCUUGACUUUGUAGCUGCACAUGCUGACAUGGUGGGUAUUUCAUUCAUUCGAGAUGUUCAUGAUAUUGUUGUCUUGCGUCAAGAGCUUUCAAAAAGAAAAUUUUCGAAGCUGGGGGUUGUGUUGAAAAUUGAGACGCAAGGUGGAUUUGAGAAGUUGCCUCUCUUGAUACUGGAAGCUAUGAAAUCAGGAAACCCUUUAGGAGUGAUGAUUGCUAGAGGAGAUCUUGCAGUGGAAUGUGGAUGGGAAAAGCUUGCUGAUAUACAGGAAGAAAUUAUGUCCAUUUGCAGUGCCGCCCAUCUACCAGUAAUCUUAGCGACACAAGUUCUCGAAUCACUUGUCAAAACAGGGGUGCCUACUAGAGCAGAAAUCACUGAUGCAGCCAAUGGAAGGAGAGCGAGCUGUGUGAUGCUGAACAAAGGCAAACACAUUGUGAAAGCUGUGUCUACUCUCGACACCAUUUUAAACAGCCAAUGCACAAAUGCGAAAGCAGAAUUGAAGCCUCUGAUGUUAAUUAAUCGUGUAGGUUGAUCAUUGAUAUUGAUGCUGAUGCCUUCAAUCUACAUUUCCUUUUGUUUGCUCUGUACAGUGUUAAAAAGGUAGAACCUCUCUUUGCUGAGAUUUAGAUGCAAAAGCACUAUGCUAUUCUCUUA